AUGCUUGCUAUUAACGUAAAUGAAGCCGUGCAAAUCAUUGCGGAUGCCACCAUGAAGCCCGUUCGUGGAGGAUUUUCAUUCAGUUGCUAUGCAAUCGGAUUUCCUUAUCCAAAGUAUCAGUGGUACUGCGAUGGCUCAUCGGUAGAAGGUUGCAGCGACAACGUGCUGAUUAUCGACCGGAAUUCGGCUGUCAGCGGUACUUUCUAUUAUUGUGAAGUAUCGAACGAAAUCCGCGACGGUGAAACGUGGUCUAACUUUUAUCGUCGAAAAAACAAACAGUUCACGUCCAGCGCUAUCUCUUGCUCAGUCACUCUGCCAGACUUUGUGGAUAUCAUCGAUUUAGACCUUGAGGAUGAAAAUGGGCGUACAUUGCUUGAAAAUGAAGAUGCUUCCUUUUUAUCGCAUACCAGCUCUUCUGUUCCAAGCACUACUCUGUUCGCGACCGACAAAGUGGCGCUGAUCAUUUGCAACUCACAGUAUCAGUAUUUGCAGAAACUGACUACGCCGCCGUACGACGCUGAAACCUUGGCGGAGGCUCUCAUACAUCUUGGAUUCAAAACCGUUACGCUGGCUGAUUUGAAUUUGCAUGAAAUGAAGCUUAUUGUAAACGAAUAUUGUGCUCUCCUUGGCUACGGUGUUUAUGCCGUUUUCUACUUUGUUGGGCACGGCUUCGAAUUCAACGGACAGUGCUAUUUGAUUCCGGUGGAUGUGGCAGAUGAAAACGUUUCUUGCUCAGUGUGUUUGUGUGCCGAGGAGGUGCUUGCUUUGAUGCAGGAAACAAACCCGGCGCUGAAUCUUUUGCUCCUCGACAUCUGUCGGAAGUAA